AUGAAUAACGCUCUGGAAAAGAACUCCUCCGCGGUGAGGAAACGCAUUGAGGGCCAUGUCUUUGAAGAUGAAGAGGGAGAGGAGUAUGAAGGAAGUGAAUUUAAUGGCUUUGGCGACUAUUUUCGUCGGAAAAAGAUCAAGCUGCAGAAUCUAGAUGCCGAAAUGCGCGCAGCAUCUGACAAGCCUCCGAUAUUCAAGGGGGUUGUUGCUCAUGUCAACGGGUACACUCAACCACCACUUCAAGUGCUUCAUCGCGACAUUGUACAGCAUGGAGGUGGCUUUCUUCAGUAUCUGGACUCAAAAACUAUGGCAACACAUAUCAUCACUGCAACCCUAACGCCAAAGAAGGCUGUUGAGUUUAGUCGAUACAGGAUUGUGAAGCCUACAUGGGUCGUCGAUUCAAUAAAAGCCGGAAAACUCUUGCCGUGGUCGGACUAUCGGGUGCUGGGUGAAAGCCCCAGCCAAAAGGUUUUGAAAUUCGAUAGCGACAGAGGACUUACACAAUCCAGUCCGACGGCCAGGCGGGGAUACAAGGAGCAGACAGAGAAUAGCUUUUAUACAAGCCAGAUAAAAGCCGAGGCGCAGCGUAAUACAGCAACACAGCUCAUAGAGAAAUCGCCCCUGUCUAAUCGGUGGCAAACCGACAAGUCUGGCGAGCUGUUACAAAGCACAGAAGAGCGUUUGGCCUCUGCGUCCAGUGAAAGGUAUUCAACGGACAAUGCAGGCGAUGAAGAACCCAAAGACGAACCUAUGGACUUUGAGCAACAGCUUGCGCCCAUUUCGACCAGCCCGGCAGACUCAUCAAAAAUAUCUCCCAAGAAUAUGACCUCGGAAGAGCAUAACGCUUGGCUUCUAUCGGAUCCGAAAAUAAGAAAAUCAUCCACUGCGAAUCCCGAUUUUCUGAAACAGUUCUACUCAGAGAGUCGAUUGCAUCAUCUAUCGACUUGGAAAGCAAAUUUGAAGUCGUCUAUGCAACGGUUAGCAGUUGAAAAGGGGCUAUCAAAUCGGAAGGUGAAGAGCCGGCCUGGCUCGAGGAGGUACAUUAUGCAUGUGGAUUUUGACAGCUUCUUCUGCACAGUGUCAUUAAAGCGCCAUCCCGAAUAUCUGGAUAAGCCAUCCGUUGUCGCCCACAGCACGGGUGCUGGUUCGGAAAUUGCAAGUUGCAAUUACGUUGCUCGGAAAUAUGGCGUUAAGAAUGGCAUGUGGAUGAAACGAGCUCUCGAGCUGUGUCCUGACCUAAAAGUUUUGCCUUACGAUUUUCUCGCAUACGAGGAGGUGAGCCGUCAAUUCUACGAUGCGGUCUUGGGAGUGGGUGGUAUUGUCCAGAGUGUUAGCGUCGACGAGGCCUUGGUAGAUGCCACCGAUGUCGUCCUUGCUGCCGCCGAAUCCCACGGCACUGGAGUUGAAGAGGGCAGUAUUUGGAGAGAACAGGAAAAGGUCGACGAGAUAGCAUUGGCCCUGCGCAACAAGAUCAAAGAGAGUACCGACUGUGCCGUUUCUGUUGGUGUCGGCGCAAAUAUUCUGCAAGCCAAGGUUGCCUUGAGGAAAGCAAAGCCCGACGGACAGUUUCAAUUAAGACCAGAGCAGGUUAUGGAAGUCAUCGGUGAUCUCAAGGUUGAGGAGCUACCAGGAGUGGCAUACAGUAUUGGCGGGAAGCUAGAAGUAUUAGGCGUCAAGCUUGUCAAAGAUCUCAGAGACAUCCCCAAAGACCGUCUCGUAACGGUUCUGGGCCCCAAGACCAGUGACAGGCUUCAUGACUACGCCCGUGGCAUCGAUCGGACGGAGGUCGGAGAGCAGCCGCCCAGGAAAUCCGUAUCAGCAGAGGUCAGUUGGGGAAUCCGCUUCAUCAAUCAGACAGAAGCUGAAGAAUUUGUCUACAACCUCUGCAAGGAGCUGGAAAAGCGUUUGGUGAAUGAGCAAGUCAAGGGAAAGCAUCUGACAGUGAAGAUCAUGAGGCGGGCUCUCGAUGCGCCUCUCGACCCAACGAAGCAUUUAGGGCAUGGAAAAUGCGAUUCUUUCAACAAAAGCGCAACUUUUGGUGUUGCAACUCACAACUAUGAGAUUAUUGGCAAAGAAGCGGUUUCGAUACUGCGCUCGUUCAGGUUCAGCCCUGGGGAUCUUCGUGGAAUUGGCGUCCAGAUGACGAAAUUGGAGCCGAUCAAGUUGAACCCACUGGCCGUGGAGGGAAGCCAGAGAAAGAUUGCAUUUGCUCCAUUUGUUGAGCCAGUUCCUUCAAAACAGCAAUCAAGAACAGAGCUUAUUGACGUGCUCGAAGAGCGGAAUGGCUUAUCGGACAAUCCUACCACACCUCAGAAAUUCAGAGUCGGCCAAGAAGAUAAAAAAGCCACUGCGCAUAUCAACGUUCCGGGCACCCAAUUCGUGUUGCCCAGCAGUCCUGAUCCCGCGGUCUUGGCCGAGUUACCCAGCGAUAUUCGUACCAAGCUCAUGGCUCAGCGCCCAAAAGCCGCUGCUACGGAAUUACAAAUGGAGGCUCCCAAGUUGAGACCCCGAAGCCCAGUUCUAGCAGAUUUGCUGUCCUCUCAAGUCGAUUUGGAGGUGUUUAACGCACUUCCAGAUGAUAUGAAAGCCGAGGUAUUGGCACUUUACAGGCGAAAGCCAACUGAGCCUUUGCCACAGGGCUCACCUGACAGACCCGAAGCAGCUCGAACUAGGAAACCAACAACUCCAACCAAACCCAGCGGAUCCCGUAAUACAUUGGACCAAAUAUCACGUCGGCGAGAUGCUGAGGAGGGUGUUAUUCAAACCAACUUCCGGAAUCCAGUACCCAUAGAGGAGGCUCAACCUGAGCAGAUUGAAGAAUUAGAUCCAGAAUUUCUUGCGGAACUUCCAGAAGACGUCAGAAGAGAAGUAAUUGCCGAUCAUCGACGGCGGCUGUUGGCGCUGCAGUCGGGAUUGGAGAUGCCGAUCCUGAGGAACAAUCAGAGUGGUAACUUACUUCCCGGAGGACAAAAAAUGAUACAGUUUCCUAUGCUACCGCCGGUAAUUUCGUUUUCUGGAUCCAUCACUUCUACAUCAGAGAUCAAGGACAUGGUAGACGCAUGGCAUGCCCAAACCAGGAAGGCAGGGCCUCACAAACGAGAUGUCGACGUUUUGGAAAGAUAUUUGGUGAAAGUAAUCAAAGAGGAAAUGGAUCUGACCAAGGCCGUUGCGUUGAUCAAAUGGCUGGGCGUUGUGGUUGAUCAAGACGGUGUGGAUAGUCGAGGCCGCCGAGCUUGGAAGCUGGCAGUGAGCGGCAUCAAAGCGGCAAUGCAAGCCGCUGUUGAGGAGAGGGGUCUGGCACCAUUGCAAAUAUGA